AUGUCGGUCGACGGGACCUUCGAGACUCGGUUAUAUAUCAACGGCAAUUUCUGUCCCGGCAAUACAGGCAAACAGUUCUCCGUGCGCAGUCCGACUACAGGAGAAAUUAUUGCACACGUUGAUGAGGCAGAGGAAAUCGACGUUGAUAAUGCUGUCGCUGCAGCAAAAUCGGCCUCCGCAGCCUGGAAGGAUCUGAGUCCACGGGAACGUGGAGCCUACCUACGCAGACUCGGUGAUCUUAUUGAAGCUUCGCAGGACGAACUCGAACGUAUCGAGGCUAUUGCGACAGGGAAGUGUGUAAGCCAGUUCUUCGAGGCCAGCGUCGCGGCUGAUGUCUUUCGAUAUUUCGCCGAGGCAGGAUGGCACGCCCAAGGCACCACGAGUCUUCAUACGCCCGACCACAUUAAUUUCUCACUGAAGCAGCCAUUUGGGGUGGUGGCAUGUAUCACACCCUGGAAUCUACCUAUUCUCAUGUUUGCAUACAAAGUGGCACCUGCUCUUGCAGCCGGCAACACAGUUGUGCACAAGAGUAGCGAGAAGGCCCCUCUAUCGGCAUUAUUUCUAGCCACACUCGCAGACAAAGCAAGAUUUCCACCUGGCGUGCUGAAUAUGAUAUCAGGAUUCGGAACACCGGCCGGCAGUGCUCUCGCCUCGCAUAUGGAAGUCCGCUGCCUGAGCUUCACUGGAUCUUCUGCUACGGGACAGAAAAUUCAAAUAGCAGCAUUAAACUCCAACAUGAAGCAUCUCCACUUGGAACUCGGUGGAAAGUCACCCGCACUCAUAUUCCACGAUGCAGAUCUCCAAGCUGCGGCGGAGCAAACGGCGGCAAGCUUGACGUUUAUGACGGGGCAAAGCUGCAUAACAAACUCCCGGAUCUACGUGGAGGAGUCUGUCGCAGAUAAGUUCAUCGGUCUGUUUAAGAAGGCGUUCACUUCUUCUCAUCUAGGUAAUCCCCUCGACCCAGAUACCACUCAUGGGCCUCAGAUUGAUACAGUCCAAUGUGACCGAGUCCAAUCAUACAUCAAGAUUGGAUGCAAUGAUGGCACCCUACUCACUGGUGGAAGGGCUGGACCUGGCUGUUUCGUCGAGCCGACGAUGUUUGAAAAUGUCCCCGAAGAUUCACCCUUGAUGCAAGAGGAGGUGUUUGGUCCGGUGGUCGUGAUCAACCGCUUCGGGUCUGAAUCCGAAGCAAUCGACUGUGCCAAUCGAAGUGAGUUUGGACUUUACUCGUCGGUUUUCACUGGGAAUAUGGAUCGUGCAAUGCGUGUGGCCAGAAAUUUGGAGGCUGGAACGGUGGCGAUCAAUUGUACUAGCCCAACUUUGGCCAUGGAUAUGCCGUUUGGGGGCUGGAAGAGGAGCGGUCUGGGUCGCGAAGGAUACAUGGAUAGCCUGGAGAAUUUCCUUGAGAACAAAACUGUUCUCAUGCAUAUUUCUCCUCAGCCCGAAUGA